CGGUUUGGAAAAAGAAAAAGCAAGAAGAAGUCAGAGACGAUGAAAGGCAAAAAGCGAAACAAAUCUGCUACGGGAUUGUUUACGGCAUGGGAUGUAAAAGUUUAGCCGAACAGUUGGAAGUCGGGGAAGAAGAGGCUCAACUCUUUGUGAACACUUUCCACGCAAGGUCAACCGAUGUGGAAAAAAAUUCAGGAGGAAAAUGAAUUGAGCUGCUGACAUUGGCCUAUUCUGGAAUACAUCAGUUUGCAUCAUAAUCAGAAAGUGAUUUUCGUCAUAGUAGUCAUAGCGUAGUAAGGAUUCACUAUGGAGGUCCCUUACAAGUUAGAAGUGAUUGCUUUGACUACAAUCAUCAUUAAACUGGGUGUCUCAGUUUUCCCAUAUUCUGGCAAAAAUCAACCUCCAAAAUUUGGAGAUUAUGAAGCUCAAAGACAUUGGAUGGAAAUUACGGUUAACUUACCCAUACAGGAUUGGUAUAGAAAUACAACAGACAAUGAUUUAUUGUACUGGGGACUGGAUUACCCUCCUCUCACAGCAUAUCAAAGCUACCUAACUGGAUCGGUGGCUAAGAAAAUCAACCAAGACUAUGUAAAACUCCAUGUGUCUCAGGGAUUUGAAAACUUUGACCACCAAUAUUUCAUGAGGAUGUCCGUCCUUGUGUCUGAUUGUAUUUUCUUUGUCAGUGCACUUUAUUUUUACAUUAGAAGCUUGAAGAUGAGUAAUAAGUACAAAUGGGUUUUCUUUGCUUUGUCCUCACACUCUGGACUCACCCUUAUAGAUUAUGGUCAUUUUCAGUACAAUUGUGUUUCGUUGGGGUUGACCUUGUGGGCAAUCAUUUUUGUUUCUCAGGGAAAGAAUGUGUUAGCAGCAAUUGCCUUUUCAGCUGCCUUAAACUUUAAGCAGAUGGAGUUGUAUCAUGCAAUACUUCUAUUUGCUGGCUUCUAUUUGCUGGCUUCCUGUCAACCUAAAGGUUCCUCACUUCCCUCCCAACUAAAGAAUUUGGUCCAGAUUGGCGCUGCCACAGUGGCGACCUUUGCAAUCAUUUGCGUGGAAUCUUUGAAGACUAUGUCGCCAAUUUUUGGUGCACGCUAAAUGUUGUGAUCAAAAUCAAACGACUAUUAAACCCAACCUCAAUCACCUCGGGAACUAUCACCUAGGCCAUGCCCGUGCCUGAAAGAAAAAGUCAGGACGUUGAUUCGAACGGAUUCGAAUGCAACGAGCACUAAGUACGGUCACAUUAUUGGAGGAAUGACCGUGUGCUUGGUUCGUGAUUUGGAGUCACAAGUGAUAGCUGCAAGCUGAUAUCACUCGAACCACUGCACCAACCCCACUAAGCGUAUACUUACCUAUCAUACUUACCAUACGAAAUUUGCUUCAUCAAGUCUUUUAUACUGUCUCAUAGAUGAUCGAAAAAAGCUGCAGCUCAUUAUGGCGUCAGUUUAGCUUUAAUGCUAAAUUUCGCAAACACGGUGAACUAGAUUGACAAUAAUAAAAAAUGAACUUUAUUCGUCA